AGCAUAGACCGAAGUCACUUCAGAAUAAAAGAUAGGUUAGGUGUAACCCUUGCAAGUAUUAACUGCUUAUUUAUAUUAAAAAGCCAUUUCCUACGAGGCCAAUAUGAUUCCUCGUCUCACAUAUGUAAUAAACAUUCUGAAAAAUUUGGAAAAAAACAUCAUACAAUCAUUUGGUUAUCCCCCAAGAGAUUUGGCCUUAGCUUAUGUUCAUGAGAAGCAAGUACCUCGACAAUCAACAAAAUUUAGACUUAAUGAUCUUGUUGGAGAUGGUAUUCUUCUAGCUGUACCAAAGUUUAGACGGACUAUAGAAAAAAGGUGGAAAAGAAAGUUUGGAAGCCCAGAAUAUGUUUGGAAAAUGCUUGUACCAAAAACAAAUAUUGCAGUAUGUAAUGAAUGCGGACAUCAUCAUGAGCGUGGACGUCUUUGUGGGAAUUGCUAUAAAAGAAUAGAAACUGAAACAAAAGAAAUUCAAGCAAAAAUUGAAGAAAAACUGGGAAAUAACAAUCCUAUUGAAAAUGAUGUUAUUGUAUUAUACAAUGGAGAGAAUCUUCCUGAUGUGACUAAAGAAUUCUGGCAAGGAAAGAGAAUUGUAGAAAUGAAAAAAGAAAGACCACAAUGGUUUAGUAAGAAUCUUUUGCAGAAAACAACCCAACAACCUUCAGAGUCAAAAGAUGUGAAACCGACAGACUUAGCUUAGUUUUUUCUUUUACUAUAAGUUAUAGAAAGUCAAUAAAUAAUGUAUAUUAGCAUCAGAUAAAA